AUGGUGGCUGCAGGGCUUAUUGGCUCCCCGCUUCUGUUCAUGGGCGUCUGCUUCAUGCUGAUCUUCUACAAGAUAUACCGCAGCAAGAUGGACGUGUUCACUCUCAACGUGGACGAUCCGCUCAGGAAGAUCCACGCCACUAAUGGAGAUGGAACAUACCAUGGGCAUUCCUCACAUAAAGAUAAGAAGGGAAUGAUGCAGAAGGUCUGGGUUGAGACGUUAAGGUCCUCCAAGACGCUGCUUGUCGUCUUCAUCGCCUUUGUCGUCUGCUGGACGCCUUACGCCAUUGUGACGGCGCUUGACGUUGAGAACGCGUUCCCCAUGGAGCUGCACUUGUUCAUCACCCUUCUGGCACACCUGCACUCCAGCCUUAACUUCAUCAUCUACAUGUUCUUUAACAAAACUUUUCGGCGCACAGUGAUGACCAUGCUACGCUGCCGACUUUCCCAUCAAUCGUCUAGGAGUUCCAUAGAUACCUCGGAAACCAGCCGCUCCGGAAAGUCGGGCUCCAAGUUCUCAUUCAACCUGGUGCUCAACCAAAAGAACGCAUACACGAUCAAGUCAUCAGAGAAAUAA